CCGAGCAGACUGCUUUCUCCGGAUCGGCCUAGGGGGGGAAUCUCAGAGUCCCAGGAGCGGCUGGGGAUAAGGACCGCGUUGCUGGAAGCGGGGCCCCAGCCUGUCGCGCUCGCUGCACCUGCCAAAUGUCCCUCCCACUAGUUUAGGGCGCAGUUUCUCGAUUCGCCAUUAGGGGGAGGAGCGCCCAGAUCUUUUGACAGCGAAUAAUAAUAAUAGCUAACGUUGAUUCAUUGCUUUGCACAAGCCUUGGCCUUUUACUCACCCCUCGCGUCGUCCUCGCUAAAACCCUAUAAGGUAAGUGGGACUGGCUUUCCCACUUCACAGGUGACGAAACAGGAGGUUAAGCCGCUCACCGCAGUCCACAUGCCCAGGAAGGGGCAAAGCAGACAUUUAACUGGACCUGGGAUUCUUACCCAACAUCGCUCUAUGCCCUAGAAGGGAUUAAUUUUCCCUUAACCAUCACUCUUCUCUCUAGAGUCCCCAGGAGGGGGUCGUCUUAUUAUCUUCGUCCUUUAUCCAAAGGACGAUCGUGAAGGCACACAUGGUUCCCACUCAGCUUCUGACAGGUGUGCUCAAACGAGCCUCUUGUAGAGGGUCCCCUCACAGACGUUUUCAUUCACAGGUCGCCCUUGCAGGUGCCGUACAGAUAUUUUCCCACGGAGAUGCCCCAAACAAAUGUUUUCUCACAGAUGCAUCCUUGACAGGUGGACCUCAAAACACAUGAGCCCCCCCCCCAAAGAUGUGCUUCAAUGUGAGUGUGCCCCAUGCAGGCGUGCUCAGGUCUUCCUCUCGUGUGAACUCAAUUCAAUGCAGCUGUUUCCUUCACCUCACAGGUGAGCCAUGCAGAUGCAUUCCCCAAAUAGAUGUACCCCGCGCCAAAGUGCCUCAGCCAGGUGUUUGUAACCAUGCAGGUGUGUUCUAUACAGCUGUUUUCCACACAGGUGUGUCCCACACCAGUGUUUUUUCAUUAGAGGCUCCCCAUCCCGGUCUGCCCCAGACAGGAGUGCCUCACACAUCGGUGACUCCAUGCCCCGUGUGUCUCCACACCUGGACGAUUCUACAGAUGUACCUGCAGUGCAGGUGAGAGGCCCCUUUUACACCUGCGCGCUUCCGCUCCUUUUCACUCCUCCCGAUUAUGAGAUUGGGUUCCCGUUACAGGUGCGUCCGCGGCGCGGACCCGCCCCCGCUUGGCCCCGCCCUUUCAUCUAGGCUCAGGUGCACAAGCCGGAAGUGCGCUCGCCUCCAAGGUGAGUGACUAAACUUUCCGGGUCACGUGAGCCGGCGGAGCUGGAAGAGUCCGACCGAGCCACUGACCAACGGAUCGAGGGUUCGAGCGAGGGACCGGGAUCGGGACCCUGAGCGGGGUCGAAGACGCCCGGGCCAGCCCCCAGGUGCGGGGUCGAAGGUACCCCCCACCCACCGCCCGAGAUGCGGUAGGAGCGGCGCGCGCGACAAGCCCCGUCCCCGGUGCCACCAGCCCGUCACCCGGCCCAUGGCGAGCCCCGGCCUGGGGCUGCUCUUGGCACUCGGCCUGCCGCUGCUGCUGACCCGCUGGGGCCGGGUCUGGGGGCAAACACCGGACCCCACUGUAAGUGGGAACAGCACAAUUACACCCUCUGGCCCCAGCCCUGGCUCCAAUGGGGCCCUGUCACAGGAGGCCACCAUUGCUAUCAUCGUGGUCUUCUCCCUCCUGGCCGCCCUGCUCCUGGCCGUGGGCCUGGUACUUCUGGUGCAGAAGCUUCGGGAGAAGCGGCAGACGGAGGGCACCUACCGGCCCAGCAGCGAGGAGCAGUUCUCCCAUGCAGCCGAGGCCCAGGCUCCCCAGGACUACAAGGAGACGGUGCGGGGCUGCCUGCCCAUCUAGGUCCCCUUCCUCUACCCAACACCCUUCCUGGCUGUGUGACCUUGGGGGAAGGCAGAGCCCUCUCUGGGCAAUCAGACACACCCAGCGCUUAAGAAUAGAAGGGAAGAAGGUGCUUCAAAGACUCUGCCUUUGAAGGCAAGGGAGACUGAGGCUGCUUACUUUAUAUAUAUCUAUACAAUGGGUAGAGUGAUGUAAUAAAACCUUUUUGUGAACUGGUGGGGGCAGGAGUUAGCCUAGAUGGAGGAGACACAUAGGCUGUUGAGAGAUGAAUGUAAGGUCUCAAGGGUCCUAGGGGCUGGGAGGGCUUCCUGGAAGGGAAAGGCUUUUAGCUGUACCUAAGAGCCAGCCGGAGGCUGCCUUGGGAGGGAAGGUGGGGAGCCGGGUGGGUGUCUGAGCAGAAACAGGGCUCCCAGGUAAACCCACCAGGAAGAACAAGCCUUGGGCUCUUGCAGCUUUAUUGAGGGGCCAGAGUCUCCUCCAGACCCCUGAUGCUUAACCUUCAAAACACUUUUUAAGCUCAGCAACCCUGGGCCGGCUCCUGGCCUGGAGCCCCCGCCAGUUCCU